AUGGCUGGCCAACCGAGAGAGAGAGACAAUGUCAAGUCCCUCUCCUUCUCCCUAGGAAUUUCUGUAUCCGUAUACACUGUAACAUCAAAAACGAUAACGGCAAGAUGGACUCGGCAUGCAGGUGCCAGUUCAUACAAGCUCUCCGCUACACCGAACAAUUCACAACACGCGCCAGUGUUUGCUCAGUUCAGUGGAAGUACCGUAAUGGGGUCCCUCAGCCCCCUUUCCCCAAAUACGCUGUACACCGUGAAGGUAGAGGCUAUGGACACCAACAUGCUUACAGUUCUCGCCAGCGAUCAGGCUGAAAGAAUGACAGCCCCCAAGAUACCAGAUAUUUUGGAAGCCAACUCAAAGCAGAGCACCAGUAUCACCGUGGAGUUCACUAGCAUGCCAGGGGCCCUCUCCUACAUUCUGCGGGCUGAGAACGAGGAUAUAGGGUUCUUCCAGGAAAGCGAAGUUUCCGAGUCCCCGGGGACCAUCUCCAACCUCCAGCCAUACACCAUGUACACACUCAGCGUUAUGUCCGUCAACACUGGAGGAAGAAGCCAACCGUCUUUGACCGUGGAAAAAAGGACAGUAUUGGAAGCUCUACAGCUCACCUCUGACUCCCCGGGAAACAACACGAUCACAGUCACUUGGGAACCACUGGAGCAUGCGGUGCGAUACAGCCUGUGUGCCAUAAAAGAGGGGUCAGACGAACGCAUCAAACUGAACGCCACCGACACCAACACGGUGAACAUCACCGGGUUGGAGCCUGGCACUUACUACAGCAUUAAAGCCACCGCUUGGGACCCUAGCGGCACACCUGGGGAUGAUGUCACUAUCCGCCAAAUCACACGUCCCUCAAGCCCUUGGGAUGUCGACGUCAUCAUGACCCGUGGGCGAUCCUCAGGCGUUGCAGUGAACUGGGAAGGUGUUCAGGGAGCGGAUGGUUACACUGUCUUGACCUCCAAUGGCAUGAACUGCAGCACUUACUCGCCCAGUACCUACUGCAUGAUCAGCCCCCUUGAGUGUGGUGAGAACUACACAAUCAUAGUCACCGCCAAGAACGCUGCUGGACCCAGCAGCCCUUCUGAACCUGAGGAAUUCCUGAGCUUCCCCUGUCCCCCAGAGUCGUCACGGCUGGUGGAGCCGGAGCCAGGGAACUGCACCCUACACUGGUCAGAAGUCCCGGGUGUGGAUUUUUAUACUGCCUUUGUGAAGCGGGACGACGGCAUGGAGAGAUGGUGCAACACCACCACCACCGGAUGCAACUUCUACUGCAACUGCGGCUAUACGUUUUUCAUGACUGUCUUCUCCUACAACCAGGCGGGCUCCAGCCCUCCGGGGGCCUUACUGAAUUACACCACCAUCCCCUGCUGUCCAGAGGACGUGGCUGUAUCACUGCUUUCCACAGAGACCCUGAAGAUCAAUUGGUCCACCAUCCGGGGGGCGGAGGUGUACCAGACCAAGGCAGCCGAUGGGUCCGAGAUCAUCCUCUGCAAUGACACAGCUCCCAUGUGUGCACUCUCCGACUUGACGUGCAAUCGCAAUUACACCGUGGUGGUCACGCCAUGCAGCGAGCUCAGCGGAUGCAACCACACCUGCAAGCCCCACACAGGGGAGACAGCUCCCUGUUCCCCAAAGAUCCUGAGCGUGACCCACGUCAAUGCGGCCACCGUCAACGUCUCCUGGAGUUCGACUAAUGGAGAGGCAACCUAUUCAGUGAAACUGACAGGCGAUAAGGAAAUCCAAACCUGCCAGUCAAUGGGAAUGUCCUGCACGAUCCCCAACUUGCCCUGUGGCACUGUCUAUGAAGUCACUGCUUCCGCCAAGACUUCUGCAGGGACAAGUUUGCCAAGCUACUCUGUACCCCUGGAGACAGCACCGUGCUGCCCUGAGAAUGUGACGGUGAUGCAGAAAACUCAGUCCAUGAGCCACGUCACCUGGUCUCCUGCCACCGGGGCCGAGUCCUACAUAACCUCACUGGCGUCGCCGCGAGGUGACGCCAAGUGCCACACCCUGGAUGACUACUGCAUCUUGGGAUGCAUCACCUGUGGCACCAACUACACCGUGUCUAUGGAAGCUAUCAGCAGGACGGGUCACAAGUCGGAGUGCACCUACCAUGGCUUCUCCUCCAGUGCUUGCUGUCCAUCGAAUGUCAGACUUUACCGCAUGAGCAACAACACCAUUCGCGUGCACUGGCGCUCCUCUGGGAACCUCGGAAACGUCAGUGUGGACCUGCGUGGAGCCUAUUCCAACUAUACCUGCACCCCUGCAAUUGGUGUAAACUCCUGUGACGUGUCGAAAGUGGAGUGUGGAGACGUCUACACUGUGGUAGUCGCCCCAGUGUCAAAGGAUGGCACAAAGAUUGAGUUCUGCGCCAAGAGGAUAUACUCUGUUUCUUGUGCUGGGAACCAUGUCGGAAUGGUCGUGUAUCGAGGAAAAAGAAGUGUGGAUUAA